AUUUUUGUUUUUGUUUUGUUUUUAUGUUGUGUUUUGUUUGCGAGCCAACUGACAAAGCACAAAAUAACAAACUGACGCAACCGCGUCAAUGUUUCUGGCGACCGUUCUUCUGUGAGUUUGCGGGGAACUGUUUCUCCCCUCCUUCCUUCUUUCUCCUCCAUCCUGCUCCGGGUUUCUCCUCCUCUCCUCUUCCUCCUCCUCUGGGACGGGCCAGGCCGCCGGCUCCGCACGCAGCACGACAGGCCUGACGCGCGCACACUCCGACGGCACGGGAAAGUUCCCAAAACGGGCACGCACACAUCCGUCAUUCGACCGCCAGGGAAUCGGCUCCGUGUGCGGACGUUGAGGAGCAGAAGGAGAACAUCGAGGAGCGGAGGGAGAACAUGUGAGCUGGCCGUCGUGCCGAGGGGAAAGCGGGCUUCGGAUCAACAUAAAGGAAAGGCUGUUUCGGAAGGAAAGAUGGCGAGGAGACGGGCUGGCGUGUUCCUCCUCCUCCUCUCGGCUCUGUUGGGGACUCUCGUUCUCCGAGCCUCCGCAGGACGGGAGCCGAGGAGCACGGAGCCGCGGCAGCAGGAGCAGGGGAGAGAGGAGGGGGAGACGGAGGAGGAGGAGGAGGAGCAGGAGAGGUCCUGUCAGGGAGCCUUCGACCUCUACUUUGUCCUGGACAAGUCUGGGAGUGUGAAGCACCACUGGGUCGAAAUCUACAACUUCGUCAAGCAGCUGGCUGAGAAGUUCAUCAGCCCCAUGCUGCGGAUGUCCUUCAUUGUCUUCUCCACGCGAGGAAACACCAUCAUGAAACUGACCGAGAGCAGAGAGGCCAUAACCGAGGGUCUGACGGCCCUGAGGAGGGUUAUCCCUGGAGGAGAUACCUACAUGAACUUGGGCUUGGAAAUGGCUAAUACACAGAUCUAUCAGGAGAACCAAGGGACGGCUAGCGUUAUCAUCGCCCUGACCGAUGGAGAACUGAACGAGUGGCAGUUUGACACAGCCCAGCGAGAGGCGGAGAGGGCCAGGUCUAUGGGGGCUAUUGUUUAUUGCGUGGGGGUCAAAGAAUUCAACCAGACCCAGCUGGCGACCAUAGCGGACACCGUGGAGCACGUGUUUCCUGUGUGGGGAGGCUUCCAAGCCCUCAGGGGAAUCAUUGACUCGAUCAUCAAGAAGUCGUGCAUCGAGAUCCUGGCCGCGGAGCCAUCCAGCGUGUGUGCAGGAGAGAGCUUCCAGGUGGUGGUGAGGGGCAACGGGUUUCUCCACGCCAGGAACACGGACCAGGUCCUCUGCAGCUUUAAACUCAACGACACGCACACCCUGGAUGAGAGGCCGGUCGGGAUCGAGGAUACCUUCCUGCUCUGUCCUGCUCCAGUCAUCGAGGAGGUGGGAAGGGUGAUCUACCUGCAGGUCAGCAUGAAUGAAGGCAUCUCCUACAUCACCAGCUCCGUUCACAUCACCACAACGGAAUGUUUUGACGGCACCAUCGUGCUGAUCUCAUUGCUGGUGUUGUUCCUGCUGCUGGCUCUGCUGCUGAUGUGGUGGUUUUGGCCCCUCUGCUGCACCUUAGUGAUCAAGGAGCCUCCACCGCCGCCUCCUCCAGAGCCAGAGUCUGAUGAUGAAGAUGGGAUGCCCAAGAAGAAGUGGCCCACAGUGGAUGCAUCCUACUAUGGAGGGAGAGGAGUGGGAGGCAUCAAGCGCAUGGAGGUGCGGUGGGGGGAGAAGGGGUCCACCGAGGAAGGUGCCAAACUGGACAAACCUAAAAACGCGGUGGUGAAGAUGCCCGAUCAGGAGUUUGAGCCAUUCGAGCCCAAACCCCGCAAACCACCACGCCGUCCAGCCCCGCAGAGGAGAUGGUAUACACCCAUUAAGGGGAAGCUUGAUGCUUUGCUGGCUCUGUUCAGAAGAGGUUAUGACCAGGUGUCCCUGAUGAGACCUCAACCCGGAGACCAGGGACGCUGUAUACAUUUCCACCGGGUCAAAGAGGAAUCUGCUCCAACGAAAACUCUUCCUCGCUCUCCUCCUCCUCCUCCUCGCUCCGCCUCUCCUCCUCCCCCCGUCAUUGAGCAGCAACCACUAGUCUCCUCCUCCUCCGUGCCCCGCUCCAAACCGCCCUCCAGAGGUCCUCGCACCGCACCACCGGCCCGCUCCCCCCCUCCGAUGGCCUCCUCACUCCCGGGCCCACCCCCCGCCCGGGCUCCUCCCCCGGGGCCUGCGGGGGCCCCUCCCUCUCGACCUCCUCCCAGGCCCUGAUGAGAAAGAGAGAGAGAGAGAGAGAGAGAGAGAGAGAGAGAGAGGGCAUCCAAAAGCGUAGCGUACGUCAAAUCUGUAUUUUAAAGUCUCCACAAAACCUGUAUUUUCUCUUUUCACUGAGAACUCUUCCUCUCUCGACAGCGAGGUCUUCAUAUCCUGAAAGCCAGGGUGUACGACUUUAUGCUCUGUGCUUUGUUGCUGGACAGCAAAAAAAAAAAAAAAAAAAGAAAAGAAAAAGAAAAAAAAUGAACUGAACAUUAAAAUCUGCUACCGAGUUUCAUAGUGUGGCAUGAAAGUCAUAUAUUAUAGGAAAUGUUAAACCUAGCAUGUACCCGUUUUGUGAGUUGUUGAUAUUGUCGAUCAGAUACUGCAGAUGUAUUUACUGGCGUGUGUAGUUUAACAGGUUGUUGGGCAAAGCUGUGUGUUUUGUAGGCUGUGUUAUUUGGCAUGUGUUUGUCCUGUAGAGCGUGGUCAAGGCGAGGAGGGCGAGGUGGGUAAGACAGCGGUGGGAGGAGCUAAAGCGUGUGGAUAAAGCCUGUUGUAGGGGUGCACCGAUACCGAUACUACUACCGAUACCACUGCCGAUACCGAUACUACUACCGAUAUUAUUACCGGUACCGAUAUUACUACCGAUAUUACUACAGAUACCGAUACUAUUACCGAUAUUGCUGUCGAUACUACUGCCGGUACCAAUAAUAUUACCGAUACUAUUGCCGAUACCGAUACUACUACCGAUACCAGCUAUCGGAAAAAUAGCUUGUUUGCAGUCACGUGAUCCUGAUGACGCGCGAGCUUCGAGAUGGAGGGCAGGAAGUGGAAAGCGGAAUGGACGAGAUGGAGCUAGUUUAGACGGUGUUAUGAGAGAAAGGUGUAAACAGGAAGUAAGACGUGUUGGACAUGAUCUUAUGUGAUGAAGAGGGAUUUUAUUUUUUCGAAAUUUAUUUCUGAUUUUCUCCCAAUUUAGUGGCCAAUCGAUCCCUGUUUUUAAUUCAAACCCCCACCCUGGUACUGCAUGCGUUCGCCAACUGCAUCUCUCCGGCCGGCAGUCUGGAAGGAGACCGCCUCCCCACUUUCCGGGACAAGGAGACUCCAGGCCGAACCACUGCUUUUCCCCCCCACACACGCCUAGAGGCGCAUUCAUGUGACGAACACAAGCCGACUCCGCCCCCCUCCCGAAGACAGCGCUGCCAAUUAGUGCUGCUUCAUCGAGUCCGGCCAUACUCGGAUCUGACGAGACCGGGUCGCGAACCCCGGUCCCCAUUGCACAAAGCCGAUGCUUAGACCGCUACGCCACCGCGGACCCUAAGAGGGAUUUUAUUUUUGACGAAGUGGUCGCUGCGCACGCGCGCGUUAUCCGACUCCGCCCCUCCCGACCGCACACGGCGGUUCACAAACCAUUUUUUCCGGCGUUUCCGGUCAAUUUCUUUCAUCUCCCCCCCCCCCCCCUCAUGAACAACAACUUUUGGUACUCAGUAAAAACUCCUUGUGCUUUCUCAGUUAAUGACGCCAAACAGGCGUUUCCACAGUUUGUGAUAGUGCUUCCUGUGUAGAAGACCACUUCCUGCCCUCCAGCUGUAGUUCGUGACGUCAUAUGUAAACAAGCUAUACCGGGCUACAAUGGAGUGUUGAUGCUGAACGUCUUGCUCGAGACUCGAAACCAGAAACCAGAAACCACAAAGGCGUAAAGGCAUGCAUUCACAGCGCUUUCGGCUCAUGGAAGAACUCGUAUUUCUUUACUGCUGGGGGAAAAAAAAUUGCUUGUAUUGCCAAUUUUUUUGCUUGUUUUGCCCACCGGCCUCAAACUAACGACCGACAACAGGAGCGGCUCAGAUCGGUACUCGGUAUCGGCAGUGACACGGGACGUGGCGCGUCGGUAGCGCGAGCUUCCCGGACCAAAUCCUACUACUCCUUCUCAGACCCCAAAUGGUAUAAAACACGUAUAUAAGUCAACCCAAAUUCAAUCAUAGCGUUCAAAUUAAGUAAAGUCGUUUACAACUGCGGGGCAGUUUUCCGUAUUUAAUUUAUUUCGUAACAGGCCCUGUGUGCGUGCUCCGUGUCCUGUUUUACAGACGAUAGGAGGUACGUAGGAGGAGUCGCUGUCCUGCUGACCUGCAGGCUUGUGGACAGCGUGGGCCAGCCGUUGCAGGCCGGGCUGCAGGCAGGCGGGCGGGGCUGUAGGCGGGCGGGGCUGCAGGCAGGCGGGGCUGCAGGCGGGGCUGCAGGCAGGCAGGUAGGCGGGGCUGCAGGCAGGCAGGCGGGCGGGGCUGCAUCGCCAGGGGGUUUGCUGUGUAGCACAUUGUACUAACGACUGAAACGAUCACUCGCAUCGUUUCUGGAUUAACAAGCCUGGUGUCCUUUUCCAUUAAAGAAUGUUUUAUA